AACAUGGCGGCAUCCGAACAAUCUAAGGACCCAAACACGGGAAUUCCUGAAUAUGAAUACAUCAAUGUUAACUCUAAACCAUUUCUCGUCAGUUCUUUUAGAGAGCAGUGGUUAGCUAGACUGAGACCAAAAGAUUAUUCCUACGAAGAGGAAGAUAGGGACACUUUUGAUGCUAACUUUGCUGCAGAGAUGGGAAUCGAUGCAAAGAUGAUGGCCGAAUUGAAAUCCGUCUGCAGUCUUGACUCACUUGGUUGCCAUCCUGAUGAUGAGCAGCCUGACAAGGAAGUUGUGCCUCCAGACUCAACACUGAAAACACUCAUACAAAGGAAAAGGAGGGAAGAUCACAGAGCUACUCUAAAAGUUGCCAGGAACAGACACGACCUCUAUGCUAAUGAGCUGGAGCGUUUAACUGUCGGUAGGAAACCAGAACUAAAGACUGACAUGAUCCCUGAGGGAGAAGUCAUUCUAACCGUCAACGUCUACUACGCAGGCAUGUCUGAAAAAUUUAACUACGUCAGACCCCACAUGACUCUGCUGAUGACAGGCUCCCACAGCCUGGCAGAGCUUAGGGAUGCCAUUUGCUGCGUCAGCGACUUGCAAGUGUGCGGCGAGUUCAGCCAAACCCCAUGCAUGGCUCCAGACUUUACCAGCAAAGAUCAUUUCAAAUCAGCUUUUUUUUUCUUCGAAGGAGUUUUUUACAAUGAUAUGCGAUUCCCUGAGUGCCAGGACAUUAGCAUAACUACUAUUGAAUGGGCUAAGUCCCAUAACUUCCCAUCGUACACCCAGGCCAAGAUGGAGGACAUGCUGCUUAGAGAUCUUAAAAUCAAAGUGGGAUUCCCGUACCUCUACUGUCAUCAGGGAGACUGCGAACAUCUCGUCAUCAUCACAGACAUCCGACUAGCCCAUAAGGAUGACUGCUUGGAUAUUAAACUGUACCCACUUCUCACGCACAAGCACAGAGUCGUCACCCAGAAGUGUGCAGUUUGCCAUGUCUUCAUUGGCAGAUGGUAUACCACCAACGACCAGUUUGCUCCCAGUGAUCCAUGUGUCUUCUGUGACAAAUGCUUCAGGAUGCUGCACUACGAUGCCCAAGGCAACAAACUGGGAGAGUUCUUAGCUUAUCCCUACGUAGACCGGGGUGCAUUUAACUAAUAAUUUUCUUCAAGUGCUUGUGUCAUGAUGUAAUGCUGUAUAAUACAGCGACGUGUUCUAUAUUUCAGAAAGAAAUGUUUUAUUCUUGGGAAGUGUUUAUUUUCUUUUAAAAUGUUUUGGUUUGUUUGCUUUCAAAGAUUUUCCUGGGCUGUAAAUUUCAGCAAACGUAUUGAUUAUAUAUAAACUAUUAAAUUCUUUUUCACUCUG